AUGGCGGCCAAUGCCUCAUUCGCCGCCGCAUUAUUCGUCGGAAUCUCGUUUCUCUUCGCCGUCACGGCGGAGGAUCCAUACAGAUUCUUUGAAUGGAACAUCACUUACGGUGAUAUCUACCCACUCGGUGUUCGCCAACAGGGUAUUUUAAUCAACGGGCAGUUUCCGGGACCGGAUAUUCACUCCGUUACUAAUGAUAAUCUCAUUAUUAACGUCUAUAAUAGCCUCGACGAACCUUUUCUUCUUUCAUGGAAUGGGAUUCAACAGAGGAGAAACUCGUUCGUCGACGGAGUGUACGGAACGACUUGCCCAAUCCCGCCGGGAAAAAACUACACUUACAUUAUUCAGGUCAAAGAUCAGAUCGGAAGUUUCUACUACUUCCCUUCUCUCUCUUUCCACAAAGCCGCCGGUGGUUUUGGCGGAAUCCGUAUCCUCAGUCGCCCGAGGAUCCCCGUUCCUUUCCCAGAUCCCGCCGGAGAUUACACCGUUCUCAUCGGCGACUGGUACAAAUCCAACCACACGGAUUUGAAGGCACAGCUUGAUAGUGGUAGGAAGCUUCCUUUACCAGAUGGUAUACUCAUCAAUGGCCGUGGAAGUGGUGCUACACUCAAUGUUGAACAAGGUAAGACAUACAGGCUGAGAAUAUCCAAUGUAGGGUUACAAGACUCCCUUAACUUCCGGAUUCAAAACCACAAGAUGAAGGUGGUCGAAGUCGAAGGGACACACACUCUUCCGACUACUUUCUCUUCGCUUGAUGUUCAUAUUGGCCAGUCUUACUCGGUGCUUGUGACUGCGGACCAGCCUGCUCAGGAUUAUUACAUUGUGGUCUCUUCUCGGUUUACAUCGGUUGUCCUCACGACCACGGGUGUUCUCCGUUACAGUAAUUCUGCUGGUGGUGUUUCUGGACCUAUUCCAGGUGGACCUACCAUACAGGUUGACUGGUCCUUGAACCAGGCUCGAGCCAUCAGGACUAACCUUUCAGCGAGUGGACCAAGACCGAAUCCACAAGGAUCAUACCACUACGGUAUGAUAAACACCACAAGAACGAUCAGACUUGCUAGCUCUGCUGGUCAGGUCAAUGGGAAGCAACGAUACGCUGUGAACAGUGUAUCAUUUAACCCACCAGACACUCCUCUGAAAAUCGCGGACUACUUCAAGAUUGACGGUGUUUUCAGGGUUGGAAGCAUACAGAGCCAACCCACUGGCGGAGGAAUAUACCUCGACACAUCUGUUUUGCAAGUUGAUUACAGAACCUUUGUGGAGAUUGUUUUCGAAAACUCCGAGGAUAUUGUCCAGACCUGGCAUCUUGAUGGUUACUCUUUCUGGGUUGUUGGAAUGGAUGGUGGGCAAUGGAGUCCUGACAGUAGGAACGAGUACAAUCUACGCGAUGCAGUCGCACGCUGCACCGUUCAGGUGUAUCCGAGCUCAUGGACGGCUAUAUACAUAGCACUGGACAACGUAGGGAUGUGGAACUUAAGAUCCGAGUUCUGGGCAAGACAAUACUUAGGACAACAGUUGUAUUUACGUGUCUACACAGCCUCGACUUCUCUUAGAGAUGAAUACCCAAUCCCCAAGAACGCUCUUCUCUGCGGAAGAGCUAGCGGUCGCAGUACCAGACCGCUUUGA